AACUUUUUUUCUAAGAAACAAAAACAAAAACAAAAAAAAGCCACAACAAAAACAAACAAAAACAAACUGACUGCCCUACAAGCUACUGAAAUGUUUUUAGGAUCGGGUCUUAGCGCUCUUCGGGUCAGGCUGACGUUUCGCUGACCCCAGAUGAUGGGAGUUGCGCGCCCUCUGGGUCAGCCAUUCACAUGUAAAUGAGGCUACAUAUACUCCCUGCACACGCACCCCUGGAGCAGCACUAACAGCCCAUUCUCCGAGAGCACACUGCCGCUGUAAUCGCACGGCCAUCUGUCCCCUGAAGAGCUUUAACGGCCGUUUGGAUCACGUCCCAAAACUUCAUCCGUAUGGAACCCAUCCGGAACGACACGCACGGAAUGGAGACAGAUGACAGUGAAGCAAAGCCUGACAGAAAGAUCAGGAAACCUCUCGUCGAGAAGAAAAGAAGAGCACGCAUAAAUGAAAGUUUACAGGAGCUCAGGGUUCUCCUGACGGAUGCAGAUUUACAGUCAAAGAUGGAGAAUGCCGAAGUGCUGGAGGUGACAGUCAAACGCGUGGAGAACAUCCUGCAAAACCGUGCUCAAGAGGCGGACGCAGCCAACCGGGAGGCGUGUGAGCGGUUUGCUGCGGGCUACAUCCAGUGUAUGCACGACGUCCACACGUUCGUGUCCAGCUGUCCGGGAAUGGACCCGGCGAUAGCCGCAGAGCUUUUAAACCACCUGCUGGAGAGCAUGCCCCUGAACAACGACGACAGGCUGCGCCUGGUGCUGCCGGACAGUGUGGCGGACGGCCCCGGCUGUAACGGUUCCUGGUUGUCGCCUGACAGCACGUACACGGCUCUGGUGUCCCCGGUGCAUUCCCCCUUCUCCCCGGAUGAACUCAGCUCUGAUCUGGAUGAGACAGACACAGAGCAAAGCCACGUUUCCUCGUCUGAGGAACCAAACAUUCCGGAUGUGUUUCCGGGGUUAAUUUGGUCGAAGUUGGUGUGGAGACCGUGGUAGACCGUUUAAAAUGGAGAGGCAUGAUAAAUUGUAAUGAUUGAAUGGUUAGUUGUUAGGGUGUUAGAUGGUAUAGGCCACAGUUCAUGACAAAAAUACCAAUGAAAUCAUUUUUAACUUGUUAAAAGACAUCCAAGAAGCUCUUUUGUAAAAUACACUUGAAUUGCAAUUAAAUAUGUUAUUAUGUCUCUUUUGCAGAGGUCAGUGACCUUCAGUGAAGGGAAUAAAGGCAUUUGUAAAUAUGUACUUGUUGAACGGGCUGUAUAGACCGUAGUUUACCCUCUAGAGUUGCAUUGUGAGCACAUAUAAAUUAUUUCCUCCUCAGGAAGUGUGUAACUUUGUAUUCAUGCAUAUCAAAUGUCUGUUGGGUACCUCAUGUGAUUUCACCAUAGAUGAACUUUCCAAUAAA